AUGCCGACGGACUUCUUUAGUCUUCCUGGCGAGAUCCGCAACAAGAUCUACGAAUAUCUCCUCGUGCACGAAGGUGGCAUUGUUCCGUGGCAUAAGGGCUUUGGCCUUUCUCCCAACAUUUUAGCCACGAGCAAAAGGACCCUACACGAGGCCAGGUCGAUACUCUACGGUGGUAACUGCUUCACCAUCUCCCCAGACCUUAACAAGACGGAAGAACUUUUCAAUACUAUUGGCCUGAUCAACGUGCAUCACCUUCGCUCAAUCCGCAUCGCAUUCCCUCUUUUCAAUAACAAAGAAAUCUUCAAAUUCGACAACGAGCCCGUUUGCAUGAAUCCAAGCCUUGCCACCAUGAAGAUCAUCAUCAAAUCAUGUGUCAACGUCGAAACUGUCACAUUCAGUCUCGUUAGCAUCGAACUUCUGGUAUUCUCCCCUGUUGGAGAUCAUGGCGUGACGUUGGCCGAGGUUGACUCCCGUUUACGAGAAAUCCCUGCUCUGAAAGAUGUUAUCGUUGAGGCUUGCCGCGGAAGUAUUGCCAUGGCCAUAAGACAGGAGAUAGAAGGUCUUGGGUGGCUCAUGUGCGAUAUGGGAGAUGAUCCACUUCAUCCCUGCCAUCGUGGUUUUCCAGAUGAGGGUUAUGACUGGCUUGUUCUUGCUCAUGGUGACCUCGGGACUCUUUGA